AUGGCGGGGUUUGAUGUAACAGAGAUUUCAGAGGAUAGCCAAGAAGAUCUUGAGGGAUUGGAUGCCUUGGCGUUACAUAUUGCAAAUCUAUUGUCAACAGAGCCUGCUGAUGUUAAACUUGGUAUUGGAGGAUUUAGUAUGGGUGCUGUUGUUGGUCUCUACUCAGCAUCCUGCUUCGCUGUGGGGAAAUACGCGAAUGGAAACUUCUAUACAAUCAAUUUGAGGGCAAUAGUUGGACUUAGUGGUUGGCUUCCAGGUGCAAGGAGUUUGAGGAACAAAAUGGGAGGUUCAAAUGAUGCUGCAAGGAGGGCCGCGUCCUUGCCAAUUUUCCUCCGUCAUGGAAAAUCUGAUGAAGUAGUUGCAUACAGAUUCGGUGAGAAGUUCGCUCAAGCCUUGACUUCAGCUGGAUUUCGAAAUCUCACAUUUAAAAACUUUGAUGGGCUUGGUCAUUACACUAUACCUAUGGAGACAGCAAGCUACUAUUGCUGAAGUUUCAGAUUUCUGCC